UUCUUUGCUGGUGAACAGGACAGGAGAGUCACCAGAAGGAAGGAAGGAGAGAAGGCAUCAGGGCACCACCGAAGGCUUCUUCUAGCUGAGCAGAGGCAGAAAAAGACCAAAGGUACCUUGACUUCAUCCUGAAACCAUGGGUUUGUUAGAGUGCUGCGCCAGGUGCCUGAUGGGAGCCCCCUUUGCCUCCCUGGUAGCUACAGGGCUGUGUUUCUUGGGAGUAGCCCUGUUUUGCGGCUGUGGCCAUGAAGCGCUCACGGGCACUGAGCACCUGAUCGAGACCUACUUUUCCAAAAACUACCAGGACUACGAGUACCUGGUGGACGUGAUCCACGAUUUCCAAUACGCCAUUUACGGAAUUGCCGGUUUCUUCUUCCUCUUCGGAGCCCUCCUCCUGGCCGAAGGCUUUUACACCACCGGCGCUGUCAGGCAGAUCUUUGGCGACUACAAGACCACCAUCUGUGGCAAGGGCCUCAGCGCUACGGUAACAGGGGGCCACAAGGGGAGGGGUUCCAGAGGACACCGUCAAGCUCACUCUUGGGAGCUGGUGUGUCACUGUUUGGGCAAAUGGCUAGGACAUCCUGACAAGUUUGUGGGCAUCACUUACGUCUUGGCCGUCCUUUGGCUUCUGGUCCUGGCCUGCUCUGCUGUGCCUGUCUAUGUCUACUUCAGCACCUGGACCACCUGCAACUCCAUCGCCAACCCCACCAAGACCUCAGCAAGUAUUGGCAACCUGUGUGCUGAUGCCAGAAUGUACGGUGUGCUGCCCUGGAACGCAUCUCCGGGAAGAGUCUGCGGCCAAAGUCUCCUCUCCAUCUGCAAGACUGCUGAGUUCCAGAUGACCUUUCAUCUCUUUAUCGCCGCAUUCGUGGGGGCUGCCGUUACUCUUGUGGCCCUGCUCACAUUCAUCAUUGCUGCCACCUACAACUUUGCAGUCCUCAAACUGAUGGGAAGAGGCACAAAGUUUUAAGCAUGAGUGAAAGAAGAGAGGCAUUACCUUCACCAGAUGCUCUUCCUCCUCUAACUACCAGGCUUUAACCCAACCAGGCAGUCACACUGCACCAGGCCUCCUCCUCCUUUAACGCCACCUGACUGCCCUCCCCCCUUGUGCCAAUGAAGCAGGCUGUGUCCCAAGGAUGGAGGAGUGUCACACUUCUUCCUGCUCUUAUCUUCCUGUAGCUCUCUGGGCUCCCCUGGGACCACCCAACUGGGGGCUCUCUGCCUCGUACCGGGAGAAAGAGAGAGCUGGCAGCUCCAAAGGAGGAACACGUGGUCUGGUCAGCCGGCUGAGCUGCCCUGAGAGAGAAGGAAGCAGGGGAGCCAGCAAUGCUAGUUCACCAGCUUUCUCCUGAGGUGGCACCAGAGGCGGCGGAGAACAAAAGGUGCCCCUAGGCCAACCGCCCGUCUCCUGGGCAAGAGGGCUUAGAGCCAGGAUCUUCCCAGGAGGGAAAGAGAGCACUGAGCCUCUGCCUUGUUGACAGGUGCCCUUGCCCACUGCCCCAGCCUCCCUGAGUCCCGAGGAACCUGGGGAAGAGGCCCUUCUGUCCAUCCUUUGAGGAGCAGGUAAAGCCAGGCUGGUUGGCUCCAGCCUCUUUGGGCCACACCAGCUGGGCAGAAGUCAACCUUAUCUUAGGAGCACCCAUAACCAGAAGCUUGAGUGUCUAAUGCUAGGAGCUCCUUCGUUAGAGGAAGGGAUCGUAACCCUCAGCUGGGUGCUUUCCCUUUUGCCACUUGCUGUGGAACCCAAAGUCUCUGACCAUCACAUUGGUGCUCUUUUCUCCCAGUGACUGCUGCUUCUUUCAUAAGUGUGCUUCAUUAGGGAUCAUUUGCAGAAUAUAACCUGUAUUCAUUUUCUUGUAAUUACUCUUUCCAAUUUCUGGCAAGCUGUAAACCAUCCCAGUUAUAUGGAGCCUCCUAUCUUGGUUACUUGGUCCAAAUAGAGAGGUAAAAGAAGAGAAACGCACUGAACAUUUUGGACAUGAUUUCCAUAAAACAAAACUGCUUCAGUUUCCGUGGGAAAGGAGUGUCCCUGAACUUCACACAAUUACAUCAAGUGGACAGAAGAGAUAGACUGAAAGUGUCACCGAAGCUCUCCCUGGCACCCCCUGGUUGGAAGAUGGGCUUCUUGUCUGGGGGCUCCCUGGGCAACCAGGCUCAGCUAGCCAGCACUGGGCUCCAGCCUUGGGGGUCUGUGGCAGCAAGUGGGGAGAGACGGCCAGGCAGGGGCCAGUUCCCUGGAUGGCUAACAAUCAGGGCAGCCCUGCUGAGCAGGCUUGGCCCAGGCAGCUGAAACCCACCCUUGGUGCACACAUGUGAACAGAGCCCACCUGGAAAGCAGAAGCAAAUGCCGGGGGCAAAUGAAGUUGUCUAUACCUGACAUUUCACGUUGAUUGAAAUGCAUAUAACUGGGACGUGCCCUCCAAAAUCCUUCAGUAUAAACACUGGGGAACUAGCUAAUAAGCUAAGUGUGUUUCUUUCUCCUUUGGAAAUUCAUUUUUUUAACAAAGCAUGACAAACUGUUUUUUGAGACUUACCUUGCAAGAUGUAUUUUGUAAUAUUCAAGGGAAUAAAAGUUUGACUGUUCUGAA